AUGGUGGUGUCCAGGUCAUCUUAUGUGCACCUUGACUAUUCCACCAGGGUUUCGGAAACACAGACACACCAGAUUGCUGCUUUGAAGGAAAGGCAGAUGGAAACCUUAAAAGCUGCUCUCAAGAUAGGGGCUGAACACGAGACCCAGAAGAAGCGGCAUGAGGCUUUAGAUUUAGAUUCUGAAGAGAAUGAAGAUGGUGAUAAUAAUGAGCUUGUUGAUAGGAAGUGGCAGGGGAAGGACUUGAGAAAAGAGAAGACGAGGUCAAAAAAGUUGUCUGCCAGGGAAAAAAAGGGUAGAAGGCGGCAUCACAGUGAUUCACUCUCUGAUUCUUCCUCAGAUACUGAUUCUUAUCCAGAGUCUGAUCAGGAGAAGAAACAUGCAAAAUCCCGUAGGAGACAUUCUGAGGGUGAGUAUAAUGAUGGCCGUGAUGCAAAAGCCAGUAAGUUUCAACAAGGUAGAAGACACGAUUCUGAUGAGGAUGACUACAAAAAUGAUCGUGAUGUCGAUAACAAGAUGAUUCAGAAAGAGAGAAGGCAGGUUACUGAGAGUAAGUAUGAUGAUGGUCGUGAUGCUAAAAACAAGAAGUCACAAAGAGGUAGAAGACAAGAUUCUGAUGAUGACGAUGAUGGUAGUGAUCGUGAUGUAAAAAGAAAGAAGAUUCAGGAAGGGAGGAGACAUGUUACUGCAGGUGAGUAUGAUGGUGGUCGUGAUUCUACAAACAAGAAGUCUCAAAGAGGUAGAAGAUACGAUUCUGGUGAUGAUGAUAGUAAUGAUCGUGAUGUAAAAAGCAAGAAGAUUCAGGAAGGAAGAGACAUGUUACUGAGGGUGAGCAUGAUGAUGGUCGUGAUGCUAAAAACAAGAAGUCUCAAAGAGGUAGAAGACAUGAUUCUGAUGAUGAUGAUGAUAGUAAUGAUCAUGAUGUAA